AUGGCUGCCGAUAUUGUCAGCAAUGAGCCCGCGACGUGUGCGGGGGCCCUUGGCCUCGUCGAAGACGAGCCAGUGCUACAUUUGCGAGUGCGAUCAGCACACCCGGGUCAGAGGGAUUCAGACUGCAUUAAUCUCCUCGUCAUGCCCUUCAACACUUGCAAUAUGAUCAAAACACGCAUCAAGGAACUGCGGAAAGGCCUGAAGGCUGUGCGCGACAAUGACAUUAGGCUGCUUCACAAGGGCAUUGAGCUUCGCGGAGGGUAUCCUUUAGAUUACUACCUCAACACCGCCACCACAAAAGAGAGCCCGGCCGAACUCCAAUACCUCGUCAGCAACCACGGGGCCAAGGCCCAGAAUACCGGUAUGUAUGUCGCACAGCAAGUGCCCACUCCACAUGACCUACUGGACCUGGUGGAUGAAAUCUCAGAUGCAAUGUGUGGCGGAAUCAAGCCCUCCUUGACGGACGAUGGAACGGGCGCAACGUACAUGCUUCGCGGACCCUCAUCUUCGAAACCUCUGGCUGUGUUCAAGCCCAAAGACGAGGAGGCGUUUGCGCCGAACAAUCCUCGAGGUUAUGCGGGAAAGGAAAACUCGAAUGGCCUGCGGCCUGGCGUCCUUUCGACGCAGCAAGCUGCCCGCGAGGUUGCAGCCUUUCUGCUUGACCAUAAGAAUUUCGCGGGAGUGCCUCACACCACUUUGGUACACGCCAAGCAUGAGAAGUUCGUCAACCCUGAUAAGAGCAAGGUUGAAUGGAAAGUUGGAGCGUUCCAACAAUUUGUGAAUUCAUGCGGCACCUCUGGCGACUUCGGGAUGUCAGUCUUUAGUGUUUCAUCUGUGCAUAGAAUUGGAAUUCUGGAUGUCCGGAUCGUGAAUCUGGACAGGAACGACGGCAACCUUUUAGUUGCCGACAACAAGAGGCUGAAGCUCAUACCCAUUGAUCAUGGGCUGUCCCUUCCAGACAGACUAGAGGUGUAUACAUCCGACGUCGUCUGGAUGGACUGGCCACAGGCGAAGAAGCCGUUUGCCCCGGCCGAGCUGGAGUAUAUCAGGAGCUUGGAUGCGGCGAAGGAUGCCAAGAACAUCGAGACACAGCUUGGAGUUCGCCGGGAAUGCCUUCGCUUGCUGGAAGUGACGACAAAAUUACUGCAGUUUGGUGCAGAACGCGGACUUACCCUGUACCAAAUAGGCCUGAUUCUCUACAGAGAGGAUCCGGACGAUGGUGACGGCACGCACAAGCCAAGUGUGCUCGAGGGUAUCAUUGGCAGAUGCGUGGAGUCUGCGUUCGCCUCUAUUGGUCAAUCUUCCGGAACGGCUUCUUCGACUGUGGAGGGCCUUGACCUGUUGUCUUCUUUCCGGCCUGAAGGACGUUCGAUUCGUCGGCAAGUUUCUGGCGGUGGUGGGCAGACACAUCAGCCGCACUUUUACCCAUCUCCGCAACCGUCGCCAAUGAUUGGGCCAGGCCGGCCACCCGCGGAGGGCAUGUUGACAUUCACCCCCCUGGAGAGUGGCGAGUCCGACUCGUUUGACGUGUCCAGAGCAGCCAGUCCCGGUGAACGCACAGGAAUAUCUCCGCAGUUCGAUGGACGCCCCAUGAGCUCAGGCGAGCAAUCUGGAAGCGAGCAUCAUCAUACCACCGAAGCCAAGGAUGACAGCCAGGACGAGUUGACGGAAGGGCGGGGAAGAAGGCGCGACACAGCUGGUAGAUACAGGCGCUCGGUGAGGCCUUCCGCAGCUCGGGUUGCGGCUAAGGAAGGCUCAGGCAGUGAUGCAUCAACCGGCAUCUUCGCAAUACCUGGGCGAGCCAGUUUCCAAUGGCCAGUAAGGCUCGAGAAGGCGUUCUUCCGCCAUCUGGCAGUCGAACUGUGCCUCUACUUCGACAAGCAUUUUCCAGCGGCAGUGACCGUAACAGAAGGAGCUGCCGCUGAUGAGGUCCAGUGA